AUGGAUUUCGUCAAGAAGGCCGCUUCCAGCAUGGGCAACAAGGACACCAACGCCCAGGCCCAGGCUCAAGGAGGCCAGCAGGACGACUACGUUGAUAAGGCCUUCGGUCAAGCCAACAAGAGCCAGGGCUGGGGCCUCAGCAGGGAGAAGCAAGAGAAGAUCACCGACGGUGGCCGCCAAGCCUAUGAGAAGCUCACUGGCAACAAGGUGGACUCCAAGAUCUCCAACUAA